AAGGCAAACUUGGAGACAACGAACGGCUUUGAAAAAAACUUUAUCUAGACCAACCUCAAAAGAGAUCAGUUCAUAAUCAUACCCCUUAACGCAUUUUACCUUGCUUUAAACCUGUUUUUAAAUGCAAAAGUUAUGAAGUUUGACGAAAAUGUUGGGGAAGAUUGUUACCACAGAACCUCCAGAUAUAUCAAACGACAAUUUUGAAGAGCAGCUGGCCACAGACGAUCUACUGGUGCACUAUUUCAAUGACUUUUUGAGUCUUCCUGUAUUUUAUGAAGCUGUAAGAUAUAACAAAGAAAGUGGAAUCUUUGAGGUGGUGACUGCAGCAGCUGAGUCUUUGACCCAGCAGAUCAGAUCAGCCAUAUUGGAAUAUAGAUCAAAACUCCUUAAUGAAGCAGAGCUCUCAUACAGCCCUAUGAUUGACAACAGCUACACAGUCCUGUGUCUCGACAGAGAACAAGGGAUCCAGUGGAUCAAGAGAGAGAGGCUCCCUUUAUUUCUGUGGAGUGAUUGCUACUUUGAGUACAGGCUAGCAAAGUUGUUGUCUCAGGUGGACAGCAGUUGCCUAGGACGGAGAUUGCAGGUAGACUCCACCUACCGCCCUUGGGCUGUGCCGGUGCAAAAUGACGAUGAGACUCUCCCGAGGAUACAGGGCUCUACGACACAGAGCAGGGAUUGGUUAACAUUGACCAACCAAAGCCAGGGUUCUCUUAGCACCCAAUCCAUAACGAUACCUGUGCGGCCAUUGAGUGUGAGCAGUCAGGACACGCUCAGCCCUACAACUGCAGACAUCACCAAUGACCUCUUCUCCACACCGCCAACCUCCAGAGACCCUGACAGCCCAAAAGACACAGUUGAAUGCAAGAGGACGAAACAGUCCCAGAGCCUUCGCGAGGCUAGGGUAGUCCGCAUUAAAGAGACCAGGUUUGCAGAACCACAGCGCAGUAGGUCAGCACCCCAUACCCUCACUGCGAGUGAUUUAGAAGACUGUGCUCGCUCCGUGGUGAGGCAGGUGCUAGAUAACGCUGUAUCAGAGCUGGAGCCAGGCUCGCCGUCUGCUCAGGGGGAGUCAGGAUCAAAGGGCAGCCCUCGGACACAGGAGACGGAGGCUAAGCCGGGACAACCGGCAGGGUCGCACACAGAAGCCCGCAUCGAUGGGCCUCCAGCUACUGAGCGCGCUCAGAAGGCCGAGGAGAGCGAGGAUUCAGAGCUGGGAGAUGAGACGGAGGAGAUUGAUGAUGAAGUGGGCCUGAGUGGUAUCCAUGGCACCCAAAUGGCACUCCAAGAUUUCAAGAGCUUUUUACAGGGAACGCCUGGUGUGAAUCUGUUCCAUCUCUGGAUGGACAUCGAGCGUCUGCCAUCUCAUCAGAACAAAAGCAGCAAAAACCGGCACCUGAUUCAGAUGAGGAGCCAGUACCUGCUGGGUAGUGGACGUUAUGCACUCACUGUAGAAGUUUUAUCCAGACUGGGUCUGGCCAGCACCCCCUGCUGGACGGAGGAUAAACUGCACCUCACCCAGCCCCGCAUCACAGAGGUGCUGCUCCUGUACUGGUGGCCGCGGUUCUGCACAGCCCAGAGUGAGGAGGGUGUUACUGCCAGUCUGAGGCUGUGGAGAGAUCGGCAGCUGAGGCCCCCCACUGGCAUCGACCCAAGCCCCCGUACGGUCACCCUGCUGCCCCUGCGGCCAGCCUCCUGCAGCCCCCGCCUCACCUGCUCCAGCAGCCAGCAGAUGCUGGACUCUAAGCAAACAUCAGUUGGACCCCACACACAUAGAGCAGGGAGCAGCUGUCCGAAGCCACUCUGGGAGAAUCUGCAUCCUGUUUCCUCCAGAAGUGUUCCCACAAUGCACUGGGCUUCCAGGACCAGGUCCCAGUCAGCCAACCAAAAGUCCUCUCUCAGCCCCCUCUCUCUUUCUUUCACCAGGACACCACCUCUCACCAAACAGCUGAUGUCUGAUGGCAGCUGCAGUCCAUUUCUUGGUGGAAGAAGGAUGGAGCGAAUGCUGCAGGCCCUGCAGUCAGAGAUGAGAUCAGGCCUCUGUUUCACCCAUUUCUGUGAGAGCUCUAGGAACCAGCUGUGGGCAAACAGCAUACACUUCUGGACUGAGCUACAGGACUACCACCGGCUGUUCUACCAGAAUGGGCUGGAUCCCUACAGAGUGCAGCAGCAGGCUCAGCUCCUGUACUCUGUGUACCUGAGUCCGGGUGCGAGGAUGACGGUUGGGGUGGAUGAAGAGAGCAGACGGGAGGUGCAGGCCUGUCUCACUCCGCCCUUUGAGGAACUAUUUGACCUGGCGGAGGAGCACGUUCUAACUCUGCUGUUUGACCCCUGGACGAUGAUGACCGCAAGGGACAGGGCUACCUAUGAGAAGGUGGAUUUAUGGGAUGACACUCGUCGCAUACAAACUACACACUACAGGAAGCUGCAGGUCCUGCACAGGAAGUUACUGCGUAGACUGAACGAGUGUGUACCAGAGCGCAGACCCCCUCCUCCGCCACCAGAGGUCCCCACCGAGCCUGACUUGUGGGCACAGGUUCCAGAACAGUUCCGUAGCUACCGCCUGGGGUCGGUGCUGCGCCACCGCUUGGAGCUGCAGCAUUUCCACUCCUUCCUGGAGGAACAUUUUGCCAGCAUGGAUCUGAUGUGCUGGCUGGACAUUGAGCAGUAUAAGAGGCUGCCUCAGAAGGACAGGGCCGAGCGGGAGGAGAGGUCCAAGGACAUCAGGAGCAGAUACAUCAGCAGGAAGUACUUCUUCGGGCCCAACAGUCCGGCCAGCCGGGAGCAGCAGGAAGAGGUGAUUCGUCUGGGGGGCGGCUGGGGGCGGAUCCUCCACUGCCGCCUCUUGGGCGCUGCACUGGCGGAGGAGGUACAGAACCACGUCAAGCGGCGCAUUGAGAAGAAGUGGCUGCCCCUCUUCCUGGCCAUGCCCGAGUUCGCUGAGAGGCAGAAAGUGAAGUCCCAGGUCGACGACGUGGUGGAGGACCAGCUCUUCCUCCGUCACCGAAAGAAGAGGGAGGUGUGGAAGCACGUGGAUGGCACCUGGAUGACCUCGUCCAAGGAGAUCCUGGCCUUCCGAAGGGCCCUGCUGAACCCAGUCACCUGCCACCAGUUCCAGCGCUACGUAUCUCUGAAGGGGGACUUCCUGGAGAAUGGAGUGCUCUUCUGGCUGGAGGUCCAGAGGUACAAGAACCUGUUCCACUCGCACUGCGACGAGGCCACCAUCCAGCAGAAGGUCAUCCUCAUCACAAACUCCUUCAUCAACUCGCCCAUCCCCCCCGCCCUGCAGAUAGACAUCCCCGCAGAGCAGGCCCGGGACAUUCUGGAGAGGAGGAGGGAGCUGGGACCUUAUGUCUUCAGAGAAGCGCAGAUGACCGUGUUCAACCAGCUGUUUAAGCUGUGGCCGGAGUUCCUCUCCUUCAGGACUAAUGUGGGUGAGGAGCACGUCCUGUCCAUGCUGGAGGGCAGGAAGGAGAAACAGAGGGAGAAACUCCUGCGUCGGAGGAGAGAGGAAGAAAGGAGAGCGCAGGAGGAAGCGGAGAAGCAGAAGAGCAGUCUUGCGGACGGGCUGUUUGAAGACGGGGGCAGCGUGUUUGGAGGGAGUCAGGAAGGAGAGCCGGGCAGAGAGAAUGGAGUACCAGCAUACCCUCCUCCACUGGUGUCCUGGUCUUACUCCAAGUACAUAAGUGCCCUGGAACAGGAGCAGGCUCUGCUGCAGAGUCACACUCAGCUGGACAGGGGGGGCCCCUCCCCCUCCCCGUCCUCAGGAGCAGGUUCCUCCAGGCACAGUGUGAAGUCAGAGGGCAGCAGACGCAGCCAGCGCUCUGUUCUGUCCCCACGGCCCCACAACGUCCCACACUGACGUCACCCCAGCUGUGGGCUCCAGGGGGCGCUCCUCCUGCGUUGUGGACAGAUGCAGCAGGGUGUGGAGGGACGCCUGGCAGGAUGGUGCUGCUGUGUGUGAACACGACCACACACAGUGGAGUCCCUAUGACAGUCACACUGUAGGACACUGGAGGUUCCUUUGUGCUCUGUGGUUAUACAACACUACCUGUUUUCUCGGUGAAGGGAUAAGCAUAUAAGCUACUACUACUUUAUUCCCCAUUUUGUCUUUUUCCCCCAUUUGAUUUUUGGAGCGCCCAAGAGUAACUGCUGGCAAAUGAUAACCCAAGAUGGUGUCGUCUUAUCUGGAACUAUUCCAUUCUUUCAGUUGCAGGCCCGUCUCAUUGCUACAACAUCCCGGCAGGAUGAGCUGGGCACUGCCAGCUGACAGCUCCUGUAUUGGUGAAGUUAGUAAUUCAGUUAUCUCUGAGCCUGUGGGACUAUGCCGGCUGGCACAGGGAGGAUUGGGGCUCACGGCUUGUGGCCAGGAUUGGCUCUUUCAGUCCCUCCGCUGGGCAGAAUGUGGGAGCAGAAUUAUGGCUUCCAUUUACAGCU